GUACAAGGUAUUUUGUAGGUAAUUCCUCACUCUAAUACAGAUAGCACGCUGUUUAUAUCUAAAUUUCUAAAUCUAUAGUUUUGAGAAGCUAUUUGAAGUAUGGUGUUAUAUUCCAUGCAUGUAUGAAAGGCUCAAUGGCUCCAAAAUCAUUUUGCAUAUGAUGUACAUUCUCUCAUAAGCUCUCUUCUUACUAUUCCAUUCAUGAACCAAUAAGGCUUAUGGUGAUCUACGAUGAACUCGAUUCCUUGGACUCAUACUAUACGGGCAACUAGGCCCUUUGGCCCAGCAUUAAGAAUCAGGACUCAACUACGCCCUAAUCGGGUUUCACUCCAUCACUUAAGACACCAACCUAGCGUCAGGUCAUUCCAUUUUGCACCAACUGCCGCCACCGUUAUACAAACGGCUCAGGAUACCUUGUUAGCUAUCCAUAGUCUUACGCACACACCAUGGUUCUUGACGAUUCCUCUCGCGGCAGUUGGAGUUAGCCUAGCUUUUCGGCUACCCUUCAACGUCUACAUACACAGGAUCAACCAACGCCGGGCUAGAUUCACCCCGGUCCUUAUGGGAUGGACUGCGCGUAUCUCACGGGAUGUUAAGCGGGAAGGAAUCCCAUCGUCGCGGGAGUCGAAGGAAUUAUUGGCGAGGCACAAGAAGAUAGCAUCAAGGAUAUACCGCACCGUCGGCUUACAAGACUGGAAACUAUAUUCCAGCAUCCUAGGUCUACCCUUCUGGCUCAUCGGCAUCGAGAGCGUCAGACGGGUUUGUGGUGGUCCGAGGGGAAUUAUUGGGCAGCUAUUCCUGGGCAGAACCGAAGAUACUGCGGUUUCAAAUAUUCGAGGCAACGUGGACAUUACGGUAGACCCAAGCGUGGCUGCCACCACGGCCGAGCAUGUUAGAAAUCUACCGGAUCUAAGCAUCACGUCAGAGGGCUGCCUGUGGUUUCCCGACCUGUCCGCUCCCGACCCAUAUCACAUUCUCCCUUUCGCGCUGUCCGCUUUGUUAGUCUGGAAUAUGCUUCCUAAAUCCAAAGUCGGGUUGCGGCAACUAGCCGGACUCAACCCUGGGGAUAAGCUUGUAGUCGAGACCCCAGCGAUGGCGAGGCAACGUAGACUCCGUCGAGUGCUCAUCGUCUUAAGUGCUCUCAUAGGACCUAUGACUGCAGACCUUCCGGCAGCGCUUCACCUCUAUUGGCUGUCGACGAGCGCCACGCACACAGUUACGAGCAAGGCACUGUCUAAAUUCAUGCCAAUUGACACGAAUAUUGUUCAAAGAUGCGUAGGGUACGAGGCCGAUGUUAUACGACCGAAACGAAUCGAGAAAGACGUAAAAGCCACGAAUUAGGCAAACAUAUAAUUUGAAGUCGUCUGUUCGGAAUAAGACGCAUACCAACUAUACAGCAAUUUAUUGGAAAAGCCUCCAAUUUAUGAAAUUUGCCUUUUCCUCGAUACAUUUAUAAUUACCUGCUUACACCCAUGUGAAUAGUCUCGUGGUUCGGUAGUCUAAAUGUAACUGGUUAUAAAUACCAAAAUUAUCUUUAUA